CCACACGCUGUGCUGUUGGCCAUCUACCAUACCUGCGGGAGAAUGAAAUGUGCGGCUCGUGUCUUGUCUCGCUUCGUUCAGCAGAGCCCGCAGAGCCAGCCACACGACUUGUUGACCUUCUCUACGCCCUCCAUCACCCGACCUGCCUGGUCCAGCACCUCAGCGGCCUGGCCUGCAACGUCACCCGUCACUGCACACACACACGCACACACAGAUGCACAGACAGACAAUUGCACUCUUAGGGGGAGACAGACACGGUUAGACCUUCUUUGUCUUCGAGGCUCCUCAAGUUCUCCGCCGCCAAGUUCAUCUUGCCCAAGUUCUCUGCAAAAGGGUCAAUCGACAAACAAGCGUGUCUGUCGUGUGGAUGUGUCGAUCGAUCACACCAUGAGGGCGUGUGUCUGUCUGUGUGCGUGUGUACGUUUCAGAGAGUCUUUGUCUCUGCCGCAUUUGAGCCUGUCUGCCUCCGACAGGAGUGCAUAGCUCUUGAGCGCCACCCAGUUGGCCGUCCUCGAGUCAUACUUGAACUUCUUGAAGAAGUUGUUCUCCCUCAGCCCGUUGACUAAAGGGACAAGGAGAGAGAGAGAGGGAUGGAAAACAUAACUUACUGUGUGGGGUGGGGGAUGGGAUGGGUGUGUGUGGGGUGGACUGGACGUACUGAGGAAGUCCUGCUCCUGGGAGGUGAGAAAGGGCUCAUUGGCAUAGGCCAUGAAGGCCUCGUCGUCUUGUUGCUAAACCCACACAUACACCGAUGUGCGGAGAGAGACACAAACGUGCCCACGCACCGCACGCCGACGGCAGCGCCGGGCUGUCUGUCUGUUGUCGACUGACCGUGUAUGCCUUGAAAAUCUUCUUGGUCUGGUCGAGGACGUCCCCCACGUCCGCGAGGCCCUCGAAGCUCAUGAGGGUCUUGCCCAGCUUGGCGGCUGAGAGCCCCAUUUUGAGCCACUUCGCACACACAUAGAUGAGAUGCAUAGGUGAACAGAUGACCACCCUCUCAUCGCCCCUCGCUGAUUCGUUGACCCACUCACCUUGGACCACUCCUUGCUCUCGAUUUCAUAUUCGAAUUCACUCUCGUCUCCGCCCACGAGAUCCAUCGUCAGCUCCUUGUAGGGACACUGGAAGUGAAGCUUGAUCACCUGCAGAUGGAUGCGAUGCAGACACACAAGGGCAGACAGCUGAGUGGCUGGCUGGCUGGCUGGCUGACCUUCUGGAUGAGGUAUUUUUCCUGCACGGUGAACUUGUAGGGUGUGGGGAGUUUCUUGGCCACCUCGGCCACAAAGUCUUUCAGCUCAUUCAGAUUCUCAUCCAGAUACUUCUUGAGCGAAUCAAAGUCCUGUCAAACACCGCGCAGCCACGCAAGCAAGUAUCAACCAAUGAGACACGUACUCACUCACCAGUCCGUCCACGACACUCACCUACUGUGGACGACAAAAGACAGCUAGCUACACUGCUGGCCUGGCCUGUCUGUUCUCAGCUCAGCGCGGUGUGUCGGUGUGUGGGUGCAGGUGUGGGUGGUGCGCUCUGUGUGUGUGGUCUCUGGUCUGUGCCGCAGGCCACGUCCUUGACGUCCCUGGUGCUGACCUGGCAGGCCUCCUUGAUCUUGGCAUUUUGUUCCUCGAUCUGCUUGGCGAAGUUGCGCAAGGUGCGGCCCUCGUACUCGUCCACAAAGGCUAUCGCCACACUGUCAACCUGUACCAUGGUCGGACACACGCAGGGACGAACGGUGUGUGUCUGUUACUUCAAGUUCACUCUCUCUGGGAGUGGUGCACCCUCAUCGUCCGUCCCAUUUACCCCGUAGGGGCCCUUGUGUGUGGUGAGCUUCUGGAUGUACUGAAAGUGCUCCUUGGUGAUCAAAUCCUUGCUAACACUGACCGAUCCGAUUCACCAAAAGGGAGAAACCAUAGCAUCCAGGCCACUCUUCAUUCAUUGACAGCCUACUCUACUCACUUACCGGAAAACGGCUGUGCUCUCAAUAAUGAAGGUCGACAGAAUCACAUCCUUGCUUGGCGACUUCAGACAGACAGACACCCACACACAGCACAGACAGACACUGAUGUAUAUAUGUCAGCCUGGCUCAACCAACCCAUUCGAUUGCGUACGUACGUUCUUGAUGGUGUCGAGGAUGGCCUUAGAGUAGUUGAGUGCCUCGCCCAGGUUGCCCUGCGCCGCCAGGCCCUGCACCAGCCCCUUGCAAAUGGCCAUCAGACCCAUGUCCACUCCCGCGCGCAUGUCGCUGCCCGUCUUGGCAGGGAACCCCUUGAACGUGUUCCAGUGCGGCGUGAUCUUGUCGGGCGCGAUGCGGGCCAUGCCGGCAAACGACUCUCCAAUCACCGAGAACCACGCCAGGCCUGCAGUGCAGCCGCCCGUAUACAAACAAAUGCUUGGGUGUGCGGGGUGUGGGGUGUGGCUGCGUGUCUCACCCACCCACCGUAUGUGGAGGUGGAUGCCUUCUUGACCAGCUCGACUGCCUGAUCGAUGUACUGCAGGGCCACGUCGGGUUUGUCCUCAGCACAGUGGCUUAGGAUCUUGAAAAGGUUUCCGAGGGAUGCUGUCGGACACACACACGAACACAAACCACACACACGGCACAGGAAGGAGUGACACAUACGAGGAUCGGAUCGUCAGGCGUUAUGGUCUUUUCCUCUUGGCAUACACUGCAUGGGGUCCUUCUUGACAGCGGCAAACGUCAAGUCCAUCCCGCGAGUCGUGAACAGAGACGCCUUGCCCUGUGCGGUCGCAAAUCACGAACACAUCUUGUUGCUUGCAGCAUGGUGUGGCGUGUGUCCAGCCAGCUACACAACUAACUAAGGGCGCUGUGCGGACCUUUGCGGUGAUGGAGCAUGCCUGCAGUGCGCUCACAAGGCCAUAGAUGGCGCUGGGCGGGAUGCUCGCCGACGACUCCAUGACGUCCAACAGAUCAUCAACGUCAACACCAGAUGUGGCCCCACUCUCCUGGGCGCCCUCCUGUGGCGGCUGCACACGCACACACACACAAACACACAGACAUCACACCCAUCGUCCUGGGUGAGGUGACCCGCCCUGGUCAGUCACCUGCAGGUUUCCAAACAUGCCAGCUGCCGACUGGCCGAUGCUGUCGAGGUUGCCCUGCAGAUACGGGAACUGCUUCUUCUGUUUGGGCGUCAGCUUCAUCGACGAUAUCUUGAGGAACCGACACAGCAGCCCGGGGUUCUGUAUCUUCUCCUUGGGCACAGACGGGGUCAUGUCCAUGGUGCUGAGGAGCGACACCAGGCCGUAAAGGAUCUCCCCGUCGGCACCCAUGUCGUACGAGGUGCCCUUGGAGAGCCGGUCGGCCAGGUGGCCGCAGCCCUCCAUCACCCCGUCGGCCACGCACUCGAAGCCCUCAGUGCGGGAGUAGAGGGCCGUGGAGUACAUGUUGAUGACGUACUCGGGCAAAUCUGGGCACAUGUUUGUGUGUGUGGACGUGAUGUGGCAAGGAAGGGAUGAAGGACGAGAGAUGUGUUUGUGUGUGUGUGUGUGUGGGGGGGGGCACCUUUCAUUGCAGCGCCGUAAGGGUGCGUGUAAAGGUCAAACAUCGGUUUGACUCCCGCGGGCUCAAAGAAGAGAUCCUACACACACAGCAACACAGACAUACAGCGACGGAGACACACGAACAUCCAUCAUAGACACGGCCGGCCCGCACCCUCCCAAACACACGCGGGGUACCUACCGGCAUUGGCUGUUCGCUGCUAGCCUGGGUGAAGACCAGCAACACACCAUUCUUCCAGGCUUCGACAUAUGGGUCCAACACAUCCUCCCUGCCUUUGGGUGUGUCCAACUUCUGCACACCAGAGAGACACCCGUACACACACCACAUGAGAGAGACACAUCGAUCCGUUCAUGGAAUGAAUGAGACACAUGUAUGUCCGUGCAGUGCACAGCUCACCGGAUCUUUCUGAAGUCUGGCCGCCACUUUGUCGCAUAUGGCGAUGCAGGCAUUGCAGCAGGCCUUCCAUGCCGCCUCCUCGGGGGCACCGGCCGAGGGGAAAGACUUGCCCACACAGUACCCCACAUACGUGUACGUGUCACCUGCAUCGUUUGCAAUGGUAUACGCGCACUCCGUUGGGCCCCGCAUUGCAGUGCGGUUUGUUGUGUGUAUGCUCACUCUUGAGGUAGUCUAGCAUGAAGGCCUUCUCCGCGGCCUUGACGACCACAAUGAAGUCAUCCCACGUGAGCUCGUCCUCGGACUGCUUGUUCUCGAGGGCCGCCUGGAGUGCGUAGAGGUAGUUGUAGGCAUCGUGGGCCCUGGAGAGGUAGUCCUUCUCGCUCUUGCACACCCAGCUCGUGAAGUCAACUGCAGUGCACAAACAAACACACACCCCACACAAAGAAAGCCCCACUCACUCAAUCUGCAGGUGUCUUCCCAUCUGUGCACACUGUGUGUGGGGUGGCUCUUCAUCACCGAAUUUCUUGACAAGCGUGUCCUUCUCGUCCGACUCGAGCUCGGCGGUCUUCUGCAGGAACGCCAUGUCGGCCCAGAAAGGCAGGCACACGUGCAAGCUUAGCUGGAGCCCCC